AUGGAUAUUGACGCCGCUAGAAUUCAUAGGAAGCUUCAAUUGAAUGAACUUGAAGAGAUUCGAAACGAGGCGUACGAGAACGCUCUUAUUUACAAAAAGAAGUCGAAGGCAUUCCAUGAAAAGAAGAUUCGUACCAAGACGUUUGUCAUAGGGCAGAAAGUGUUACUCUUCAAUUCCGACCUUAGAUUGUUUCCAGUCCAAAUUCAAAGUUUAAAGACCGGAAACGAUUUCCAAGUGAAUGGACAUCCUUUGAAGCCAUACUAUGAACAUUUUGAGGAGCAUGUCAUGGAGGAUAUACCUCUCCAGGCCGUGGGCUCCAAUGAAGCUUAA